CCUCCAGCCCCACCAACCGACCCAUCAUGGAGAAACUGGUGCCGGCCGGCCUCCGCGAGGUGCCCGAGAGCGGCACGCCGCCGUCGUCCUCCCGUCCUGCGGGCGUCGGCUCGGUGUCCGGCCCGCCGCAGCUGCCGCAGCAGCAGCUGCCCGUCGGCGUCUACAAGGAGGUCGAGGUGGUACACGUCGUCACGCCGGCCGAGUUCUACGUCCAGAUGAAGGAGCAGUUCCCCGCCGUGGACGCCAUUCAGGAGCAGGUGGCGGCGUACGCGAGCCAGCCGCCGCCGACCGCGCCGCCGGCCGUCGGACAGACGGUGGCCGCUCUCUACCCGGACGACGGAGUGUGGUACCGCGGGCGGGUGCUGGAGGCCGCCGCCGGGAAGGUGACGGUGUUUUUCGUCGACUACGGCGACACACGCUCGGUGUCUCUGGCUGAGGUGCGCCCGCUGCGACCGGAGCACGCGGCGCUAGCCGGCCAGGCGAUCCGCUGCUGUUCCUCAGACGUGGGACGCUCCGGGCGAACCAACUGGUCCGAACAGGAGAUUGAGAGUUUCCGCGCGGCGGUGAUGGAGGUGCCGUACCUGGCUCGCUCCGACGAGCUGCGGGCCGGCACGCCAUCGUCACUUUAGCCAAGGCUGAGCUGCUGGAGCCGGUGCUGGGCCAGCCGGG